UUACUUAUAUCACCUACAUUUGUUUUCGACAUGCUUUGCUGGGUAUAGACAAUUUCAAAAUGUGGAUAUUUUGGGUCUUACUCGUGUUGAUAACCUCUGCUAUUUGCAGUGUGCCAAAUCUGCAUGGUGAGAUCCAGUCCCCAAAUUACCCACAGGGUUAUCCAGAUGAUGCCCACCAGACAUGGAAUAUCAAAGUACCUGAAGGAUUUAAAAUUCGUAUUUACUUCACACAUGUGGAUAUUGAGCCAUCAGAGAACUGCGAGUAUGACUAUGUGAAGAUCAGUGCUGAGGAGCAGCAGCUGGAUCUCAUCUGCGGAAGGCUGCAGACAUCAUCUGGUGGUAAUUCAUUCAUCAGAGUGACCGAGUCCCCCUUCAACUUAAUGACAGUGACAUUCCAUUCUGACUUCUCCAACCAGGAACGCUUUACAGGAUUCAUGGCUUAUUACAUUACUGUUGACAUAAAUGAAUGUGAAGAUUCCUACAAUGGAGAAGAAGCCUGUACUCAUUACUGCAGCAAUUACAUCGGGGGCUUCGUCUGUACUUGUCGUCCUGGAUACUUUCUUCAGGAGGACCGCAGAACAUGUGGAGUGAACUGCAGUGGAGAUGUCUACACUGAGCUAGCAGGAGUAAUUACCAGUCCAGGUUACCCAGAGACAUAUCCGGAGAAUUCUAAAUGUGAGUACAAGGUCCAUCUGGAAGACGGAUAUCAAGUGGUUUUGUAUUUUGAUGACCUAUUUGAUGUUGAGAAAGGUGAAGGUGCAAAAUGCAAUCAGGACAUACUUAAGAUUGAAGCUGGCAGAACUACAUUUGGACCAUACUGCGAAAAACCAGUAAGCCCCAUUGAAACACGCAUUAACAGAAUCAAAAUAAAAUUUGACACAGAUGGAUCAGGAGAUAAUAAGGGUUGGAAGAUCAGGUAUAAGGCAUCAGCAAGGCCAUGCCCAAUGGCAGUAAUUCCCAAAAGCAGAAUGGAACCGGUCAGACCGAAGUACGUGUUUAAGGAUGCUGUGAAGGUCACCUGUAAUGAAGGCUAUGAAGUUGAUAUUAACAGACUCACCAUCAGAUCAUUUAAAUCUGAAUGUCUAAGUAAUGGCACAUGGAGUUACUCAUUUUAUGAAUGCCAGCCUGUUGACUGUACCCAUCCGGAAAUGAUAGAAAAUGGGAUCCCAUUCUACUUGACUGAAUCAGACGUAACCACAUACGAAGCCAGAUUUCAGUACCUAUGUGAAGAGCCAUACUACCAAAUGCAGGAAAAAGGAAGUGGCAUUUAUCAGUGUGAUGCACAAGGGUCGUGGAGAAAUCCAGAUCUUGGGACUGCCAUUCCAACUUGCAUUCCAGUGUGUGGAAAUCUUUCAAAUCCACCCCAGCCUAUCCAGAGAAUCAUUAAAGGAGAAUUUGCAGAAGAAGGAAAUUUUCCAUGGCAGGUCUUCUUUGAGGUGCCACGAGGUGGUGGAGCACUGAUUGGGGAACAGUGGGUACUUACUGCAGCACAUGUAGCGGAACAAGAUGGACUUAUAAUGUACAUUGGGACAAUCAAUGUUGGAAGAGAUGCAUUGAAAGCUGCCACUGAAAUUAAACCUGAAAAGGUUUUUCUACAUCCAAAUUAUACCAACUACCCAGAAGGAGAAAAGCGUUACAACUAUGACAAUGAUAUUGCUCUGAUUAAACUUAAGGAUAAAGUUAAAAUGGGGAACCGUAUCUCCCCUAUAUGUAUUCCUAAUGCGACUGAUGACUUUGAUUUGCAGCAAGGAAGACUGGGCUUCAUUUCAGGGUGGGGGCGUACUGAAAAAGGAUAUCUGAGCCAGCGACUGAGGUAUGCAGAAAUCCCUGCAGAAGAUAUAAAAACUUGCAAGCAUCAUAUAUUUCAAAAGAAUGAGCCAGAGGCAAAGAAAUUUGUCUUUACAGAUAAUAUGUUCUGUGCUGGUCUUAAAGGUAUGGAUAGCUGCCAGGGAGAUAGUGGGGGAGCUUAUGCAUUUAAAAGUGAUAGCAAUACUUACUUUGUCGGUGGCAUAGUGUCAUGGGGGGUUGAAUGUGGUAGUUAUGGGUUUUAUACAAAGGUGAACAAGUAUAUUGACUGGCUCAGUAAAACUAUUACUGAAAACAGUAAUGCAUGAUCUGGUUAGAACAAUAGUAAAAUAACCAUUUGUUAAUAAAUAAUUUUUAAAUUUCCUUAAAACACUACAAAUAUGGACAUGAAUUUUCUUUAAAUAUGCAUGAACUGAGGAAAGAUAAGAUGGAUAUGUAUGAUAUACUGUCUAACUGUAAAUGUUUGGGACUAAUACAGAUUGUAAACUAAAUCUGAAUAAAGAAAAUGCCACUUUUAGUGCAUUAUAAUCUUUAUUGACAUAAAUUAUUAUAUAGUCUAUAAACAUUGGUGCUUCUGGCAUCUUACUUAGUAAAAAAAGAAGCAUAUGAAUAUAAAAUACAUCAGACUCAGGAGAUGCUCCGAAUUAAACUGCUUUUCUAAGCUGUUAAUGGUAUCAGCAUUUUUAUUUAGAAAUGUAGAUGGAAUUCAGUGAGAGGAAAUUGUACUUUUUCUCUUACACCACUGUUCAUUUGUAAUUUAGUCUGUGUUAUGAAAUAGUUGGGAUGGAGUGCUCAUCUCUAAUUAUAUGCUGUCUAUUUUCAGCUGUGUUUAAAGGAAAUCACAAAUAUAUGGCCCCAGAUGUGUUGUUUUACUUCAUAAUAAAAUAUGUUAUAUCAGCAA